AUGUCACCUUCUGGUCACCUGUGUCUCCUCAGCAUCAUAAGCCUGGUUCUCCCCACCAGAGGUAAGACCCAGCCUUUGUCUCCACCCUGUUCCCUGAAGCCCCCAGCCCCUCAUGACUGGUCAGAUGAAGCAGUGGAUAAUCCCUUCUUCUAUGAUGAGGACACGCUCCGGAAGCAGGGUCUGUUGGUUGCAGCUGUGCUGUUCAUCACAGGCAUUGUCAUCCUCACCAGUGGCAAGUGUAGACAGCUGCCCCAGUUAUGCCGGAAUUCUUGCAGUUACCCUCUUGGAUCUCCAGCUCUCUUUAACUGCAGACGCAUGAUUUUGCAAAUCAACAUAGUCUUGCAAAUCAUCAACAGCUGCGCCCUGACUAUCGCCGACGCGUUCACUGAGGCCAGCGAGAGCCCCGCACGCGCCCUGCCGGCCCACGUGGCCCCGAGGAGGUUCAUCUGCUCCUUCCCAGAUUGCAGUGCCAAUUACAACAAGGCCUGGAAGCUAGACGCGCACCCGUGCACGCACACAGGGGAGAGACCGUUUGCUUGUGACUAUGAAGGCUGCAGCAAAGCCUUCAUCAGGGAGUAUCAUCUCAGCCGCCAUGCCCUGACCCACACCGGAGAAAAGCCAUUUGUUUGUGAAGCUAGUGGCUGUGGUCAGAAAUUCAACACUCAAUCAAACCUGAAGAAACAUUUUGAGCGUAAACACAAAAACCAGCAAAGGCAGUAUGUGUGUGACUUUGAAGGUUGUAAGAAGGCCUUUAAGAAAUAUUAG